AUGCCUCCUGCCAGACGCACUUCCAUUGACCCCGAUCGCCUUGUGCGAAUGCUCAAGCUGACUCCGGUGAACAGCAAUGAGCCAUUCAAUGUCGUCUACAUUGGUGCUGGAAAUAUCAUGUUCGGAUCUGACGAAGGCCCAUGGAACCAUAGUUUCCGUUUUGAACAUAAGCUUGGGCCCCGCCUCAAGGUGGUUGCACUGAUUGACCCUAAUUUUGCGCGUUGCGAAGCUGUUCUGGAGGCAAAGAGACUCUCAUUCGUUGAGUCGGCUUAUAAGAACACCAGAGUGUAUAAAACAAUCGACGAUUUUUAUGCCGAUAUGACGGACGCUGCAAGCACUAUAGCCCGCUUUUUGUUGUGCCUAGAAACCAAAAUUCAUAUAUUUCCCCCAUCCAGAGCAAUUGUUGUUGGCUCCCCUCCUGCGUUCCGAGGUUCGGAUAUCCCUGGAGCCGAUCUAGAACUUACACUACUCAAGUACUUUCCCGGAGUGGCUCUUUUUAUCGAAAAACCAGUAUCCAUACAUGCCGUGGAGAAGGCUAUGCUUGUCUCUAAUAAGAUCCAGGAUGCGGAAAUCGUUUGCUCUGUGGGCUACAUGUUGAGGUACCUCAAAGCCAUCCAGAUGAUCAAGGCAAUCAUCGAGGAGAACGAUCUACGCGUCAUGGCGACGACGGCACGGUACGUUUGUGCGUAUGAGAAGAUUGCAAAGCCAGAUUGGUGGAACAAGGCCUUGACUUGCGGGCCAAUCGUCGAGCAAGCUACUCACUUUUGCGACCUUUCGAGAUAUUUCGGCGGCGAUGUCGUGGUUUCAUCUGUGCAGGCACACUCCCUCGAGUUCUACGAAGAGGCGGGCCAGCUUUCCAAGAUUUCGGUUGACGAGUCUAAAAUUCCGGAAGCGCAAAGGAUCCCUCGGGUUACUAGCGCUACUUGGAAAUACGAGAAUGGCGCUGUCGGCACUUUAACGCAUCUUGUGUCACUACAGGGAACGAACUAUGCCUGUGAGCUGGAGAUCUACUGUGAUGGAUACUUGUUCAAACUGAUCGAUCCUUAUAAUGCCCCACAACUCCGCAUCCGGCGUCCCGGAGACGAUCACGAGGAGGUGCACCAUUUCCCGAACGACGAUCCGUUCUUCUCCGAGGUCAGCAACCUUAUCGAUGUGAUCGAGGGUGGCCCCAACGCAGAUGGGAGCCUGAUCCUUUCGACGUACGAAGAUGCCGUCAAGUCCUACGAAUUGACAUGGGCCAUUCGCAAUGCGAGCGAGAGGAAUCGGCGUUUGCCCAAGCGGGGGCUCAAGGAAACGGCCUAA